AUGAAAGCAUGUGAAGCUCUGAGCGCUGCAGCGGCAGGUGACUGGAGUGCACCAAGCUAUGAUGAAGACAACCGCAAGGAGCGCACAGGUCCACGCCCUGCGGCCGGGGCUUCGCGAUUGUUCACACAUGCGGUUGAGGCUGUGGCAAAGCCAUGCAAGGCAAAAGUUGCCCACCGGGCCGAACCUGCUGAGACGUCAGAAGCGGCAGCACCAGUGGCGGAAGCCGAACCGGCCCAGCUGUCAGAAGUGGCAACGGCCGCAACGAUCGCAUCUGCAGAAGAUGCGGCAUCAGCAGCAAAAGCCUGGACUGCGUGCCCGCGGCAGGAGGACAUCACGGUCCCCUCAGACAUGGGCAGGGUUUCACCAUUUGAUGUAGCAUACGCCUGCAGUGCAAUUUCCGAUAAGCAGCCCGACGGGCGAGCUGCCAACAUCCUGCUAAGCAGGGUGUGGCAACAAGUCAAAGUGAAUUCCGAUGCGGAGACUUGCUACUUGGGGCAUGAGUUCCCCAUCCCUGUCUUUCGUGCCCGAUCGGCGGACGGAGAGGAGCAGCUCUUCACAACGGAGCCAUGGAAGCUCUACUGCUUGCAGAGAGCUGCUGUGGCAAGGCGGCGUUUGAAACCCGUCAUACAACCAAAAUUUAUCAUGGAUGUCUCCGUCAUCGAGGAAUUCCUGAGAGAUGCGCGAAUUCCAGAGAAUUUCAACACCAUUCGCAUUGUCAGCCCGGACGGGGCGGCAGAGGUUUUUUCGUGGGAACGUCCUAAAACGGGACAGGCCUAG